GACUAUUUUUUUCCCUAUUGUUCUGACUCAAAGAAACGAUAAAUUAUAUCUUUUUCUUCUUUUUUCUUUCGAACAUUUCAUAUACGAAUGGCUUCUUCCUUUAUGAAUAAUCUGGACUUUCCACCUUUGCAAGCUUUUCCAUCUUCUUGGUCUUCUUAUUGCACCUUCAGUAGCAAUCAUAAGAAUGUAUCAUUUCAUGAAUCCGCCAAUAACAACAAUUGUCAAAAUAACAGUGAGUUGAAUAAUGCAAAUCAGAGGAAGCAGCUCACAAAUGGAAACCUACCCAUUCAGAUACCCCAUCAUCAUCAACACCAGAUGCACCAAUAUCCAUUAAUAUCACCAAGUGCAACGGCCAUGAGCACGACGGCAACAACAAUAGCCCCACCAAAAUAUCCUCUGUAUUUGAGAUACACAAAUUAUGCAAAUUUAAUAACCGAACAAUAUCAGCAUUUGCAGCAGAAGAAGAAGAGAAAUGCUUAUUAUGAUUAUUACAAUAAAGAACUGGAAGAGGUCGAUCUACGUUUACCAACAUUUUGGAAUAAAUCAAAGCAUAGCGACUUGAAUGUCAACUGCUAUGAUGUUACUCUCACUGACCCGCGUCAUAAACAGCUACACAAGUCCCUCAGUGCCUUUACCAAUGGUCUAAACAGUGACAGUCGUAGCAUUCUCAAUCAACAAUCACGAAGCUUACCUGUUUCCAUACGUACAAACUUUUCUAUUCCAGCUCAAUGCGGCAUCUAUUACUUUGAAGUUAAAAUCUUGUCCCUUGGUCAAGAUGGCGUCUUUGCUGUUGGUUUUUGUACGUCUGAAUCCAAAUUGGACAAACUACCAGGUCAUGACAAAUUCUCUAUCGGUUAUCAUGGUAUAGACGGCCAACUUUAUUCAAAGUCCAUCAAACAAAAUCAAGAAUUACCCAGUUUUACCAUUGGUGAUAUUAUUGGAUGUGGCAUUAAUUUUGCUCAUGAAACCGUAUUUUUCACCAAGAAUGGUGUUUUAUUGGGCACAGCUUUUCAAUUGAAAAGUUCGGAAAUGAUCUCUACGAGUUACUAUCCCUGUGUUGGUCUAACGACUUUAGGAGAAAAAAUCACUGCCAACUUUGGUCAGGAGCUUUUCUUGUUUGAUAUAGUCAACUAUGUCAAAACGCAAGAAAUUUCUCUUAAACGUGAUACACUGGCUGAUACUCUUCCAGUAGCUGAUUCAAUACAAGAGAAGAAAGAUACGAACCAUCUUAUUUUGUCAUACCUUAUCCACCAUGGCUAUAUCGGUGCUGCAAAAGCUUUAAUGAAAAACUUGGGCUAUAUCUAUAAAGAUACUGCUAUUCCUAUUAGUGCUGCCCUUACUUCAACAGAUAUUAUUGUCCCUCCUACUAUUACAACAAUAGAAGAGGAUAAUGAUAAAGAAGACUUUCGUAAACUCAUCAUGUCCGGUCAUCACAUUGAUACAGUCAUGGAAACAGUCUAUCUACAUUAUCCCCAUCUGUUGGAAAACAAUCCGGAACUAUUAUUUCAACUAAGAAGUCAAAAAUUUCUGGACAUGUUUUUACCUGAUCAUGGAAGUGAUGAUAACUCUCUUUCAGUGACGCCUCAGUCUUCUGCUUCUUCUGCUUCUUCUUCUAGUAGCUCUACGUUGGUUAUGACAGAUUAUUUCUCCUCCACACCAACAAGUACUAAUGAAGAAGAUGCCGGUUUGAAUGCUUCAUUUGCUUCUUUUACAUUUGGCACUACGCCCAUUACGUAUACGGAACAAGGUCGAAAUCGUACAUAUAGUUUAGAUUCAAUUCAUGAAGAAGAUUCUACUAUUCAUCGCCAAUCACAGCACCAACAGCAAUGCUUACCUAUUGUAUCAACGAUUCCUGUCGCCGCGUCAGGAAGACGCUUAAGCUGGGCUGCGAUUGCUGCUUCCCCCACAAAAGAAGACGUAUCUCAUUCGCCUAACUCAAGUAGUAUGGCAUUUUUAGGUAGAAGAAGACGAUUCAGUUCUUUCAGUAUGGCUUUUCAAGGUAGCCUUCAUUCCAAUGAAGAUCAUCAUCAGCAAGACUAUCAGUGUUAUAAAGCGAUACAAUACGGUCAACAACUUCAAAAAGAAUAUCAGCAUCAAACUUUCUAUAUCGACCAAUUAAUGGAUAUGUUUACUCUGUUCACUUGCUCUGAUCUGAAAUCGAAUCCUUGGUUAAGUGUUUCUCGACGCGAUCAACUGGCUUCUGAGCUAAGCAGUGCUAUUCAGAACUAUCAAUAUCAUAAGAAAAUGUCUGAUUUGGAAUUGGUUUAUAGACAAGCCAUAGUAACCAAUAACGAACUUGUCGUUGAAGGAAAUGGCAAGGCUGCUUUAUUGCAAGUCUAA